GACGUCGCUCGGAUCGUGCAGGAGGGUUUGCAGCAUGCGAAUGGACGCACGACGCUGGAUGCAAUGAAAGAGUAUCGGGACUGGGUGCAUGUCGAGCGGGUGUUGCAUCCUGACGGCGGUCAGAUUGAGCGCGACAAGGUAGAGCAGGAUUUCUUCGACGGCUUCCGAGAUGAGGCGCAUGCUCCGCUAAAUCAGAUACCGGUCUUUCUGAAGGAGGACUCUGAGAAGGUGGACGGCCCGACGCUGGCUACCUGUUAUGGGGAUGUCUCUGCCAUGGAGCGGUUGCGGGCUGAGGGGGAAGCCUUCGCGGACGCCUACACCAGGGAUGCGGAGUUCGCGUUCGCCCGCGUCCAGCACCGCACACACCGGAGACAAAAGGAUGGCACGUAUGUGCCAUUGAAUGCUUGCGCGCGGAAAGGAUGUGGCGGGAAGAAGAGAGGAGGGGUGGCCAAGACGUCGUUGUGCAAGCACGACUUUCCCAAAAUGGCGCUGCUGGCCUCGAAGACUAUGUUGGUGUGCCCCGGCGUAGCGAAGCAGCGAGGACUACGAGUGUCGGGCAAGAGGAACUCUUUUGGAUUGUGGAUCGGCGCCAGGACAGACGAAUGGCGAAGUGGGACGACUCCAGCGUUUGCGGUACACUUCCGGUCGAAUUCCCACACGGGCCCCAACCAGAGGGUGCCUCCCAUUCCAGGAGCGCACGAGGAGAGUUGCCCAAGCAAGAAGUGUCAAGAGGCUGCGGCGAAGUAUGGGACUGCUGCCAAACUGAAAAGUAUUCUUCGGUUGAUGCAACGUGCGCAGCGAGAAGUUACUGGUUACUAUUGCGGCUACACGUUCAAGGGCCAGACUAUAGGGAAGAAACACAUGGCACGCGCGUCUACGGCGUUAGACUACCUGACCCCAGAGCUCUCCGCGAAGACGGUCACGCAGCGCAUGCACCAAAUCACCAAUCGUGUCUUGACUGACUUGCACCAUCGGUGCGCCGCGAGGCCCGCGACUGAGGAGUGGAAUCUAGCGAUGUUCUGGCAUGAGCAAGACGUCACUAACGCUGAGUUCCACAGGACUUUUAUGUCAGUGACAUUUCCAGGCGGGCAGUUAGUGCAGCGGCUGGAGGAUGAAGUGCAGGGUCGAACGGCGAGGGAGUCUAGGAAGGUGCUGCCGAAGAACAAGAAGAUCAGCGAUGAAGAACACGUGGCGAGGACGAUGGUGAAGCAUUUCGCGGACUUGUAUGGGUUCCGUGGGUUUUUGCCGAAGUAUGCAGAGGUGUAUUAUUUGAAUGCUUGGGAAUUUGCGGCGCUGUGGGAAGUGCGGCCAUUGCCGGCGCCGACGUCUACUGGGAGCAAGGGUGCGCCUCCGUUAUCUUGUGGGACCCCAGAGGAUUUCAGCGUGAAUCCAGAUGCAGAGAAGUUCUACGCUGAUUCGGGGAACAUAUUGUUUUACCCCGACAGCACUGGGGAUUUACGGCAUUCUUGGUACAUGCAGCGUCGGCGGAGUCCCAUAGUGCCCGCCCCGAGCGGAACUCCCUUGCCUGACAAGUACAGGUCGCCGGAGGUGCAGGGGAAGUUGUACUCUUUGUACAUGAGGCCGUGGGUACUGAAGAAAGAGUGGGCCACAGUGCAAGUGCCCCAUGUUGCAGAUCUUGAUGUUGUGCCGGCGGGUGCGAGAGCGGAGCCCCGCAGAACUCGGUUGGUAUCAAAGCGUCCGAAGGAUAUGGGACAAAGGAGCUACGAGCAGUCGUGGCGGUGGUAUGUGUGUGGGCACGUAGUAUCGCGGCACGCCCAACGGCUGAUUCAGCAGUUCAUGGCGGCGUGUUGCGGCAAAAGCAGUUCGACAGACGAUCGAGACAGCGAGGGCGCUGCGCGUCGUCCAGACGCCCCGGCGAACGAGGUUGCGCUGGCGCAGUUGCACAAGCUCUUGGAUAGCCUGGGGGAUACGAGGUCAAACUCGCGGGCAGAUGCGGUAGAGAGCUCCGACGAUGACGUCAUGGCUGUACGUCAGAAGAAGAAGACAGAUGUCAUGCAGACCGCCUUCAACACGACGUGGUCUCUGUGGAAACGCGAUGCAUCCCCAUGGAGCGCGACUGAGGCGGGCAAGAAGCACUCCGUCGUGAACUUCCCAGUGGGCGGGAGCGGAGGGGGCAGCAAGAAGCGGAAGGUGGAGCACGGGGGGGCCGUGGUGGAGCAGGGUGCUGCGUACGUCGGUUUGGAGAAGCGCUCGGUAGACGCGUGGUGGAGAAAGAUUGAAGCGGGGAAGAAAACGCCCAACAAAGAGCAGAAAGAAUUCUUGCAAGCAGUCGUGGGCCGAUGCCAGGUAGAGGCGUCCGAAUUGUCGGCCGCGCGGUGUGGGGCGGGCCGGACGGCAAAGGCGCCCAUGUUGACGGAGCCGGCUCGUCUCAUGCUGCUUGGGAUUCCUGGUUCGGGGAAGUCGUAUUGCUUCCACUUGCUCCGAGACUUUUUCCAAGAAUGCUUGCAGUGGACUCACGGGGUGCACUUUCAGUUUCUGGCCACUCAGAACUCGAUGGCGGAGUUGAUAGGCGGGAAUACCAUCCACAGCUGGGCGGGUAUAUCCUUUGGAGUGGGCGGAAGUGGCGGGAAGGCGACCUCGAAGGAUGGCGAUUGGGGCGCGUUGUUCGAGAAUUGCAUCAGCAUGCGUUGGCUUCUUAUCGACGAGAUGAGCACAGUGUCUGUGGGUUUGCUCGCUACUAUGGAGUCUUUUUUGCGGCAGAAGGCGUGUGUGCAGCACCCGUGCGCUUUCAGAAAUGCCCAUAAGAAGCAGCGUCCGCGGCCAUUUGGAGGAUUGAACAUCGUGUUCGGGGGUGAUCUGUGGCAGCUUCCCCCGGUUAAAGAGUUGGCUCUGUUCUCGCAUCCUGUGUCGAAGAAGGACGGUGACAGGUACGAGGCGGGGGAGCAGAGGGUGUUGGCGAUGUUCUGGAACUGCAGAGGGAGAAGCCAGGAGGAUGGCGUGCAGCGAUUGUUCGAGUUGCACGCGGCGAACAGGAGCAAGGACCCGUGGUUGAACAGCGUGCUGACUGCAGAUAGGGGCGGCUCUGAGACCUGGGAGAUGUACUGCUUCACGCACGGCCUGGCGACUGAGAACCCAGGGUCGUGGCUUCCUGAUCGCGGUGGCCGUGUCGCUUGCCAGCGGCCGUUCUGCGCCGGGUACAGAGAGGGGGACUUCGCAGACGCUCCUUUCAUACACCCGUUUCGAAGUCCGACCAACUAUGCACAGCAGUUGCGGGCCUUGCAGUUUGCGAGGUCGAGAAGGAAUCGCGUGCUGUGGGUGGUCGCCCAUGACGAGCUGAAGAGCUGCGGUGACGACCCGAAGCGGGCGAGGCAGGAAGAGAAGGAGAAGUGGUUACAGUUUUCAGACAAAAGAACCGCUGGCAUUCCCGGCUUGUUCCCGUGUGUCCUGAACUUGCCUGUGCGGUUCACGGCGGAACCCGAGCCUGGCGAUCGACACAAGGGGGUUUUUACCAACGCGCGCGGACAUCUGAGGGGAUGGGAGUUGCCGCCGGAGGAGGAGCAGCGGCUGGCGGGCAUCGACGCAGCAGAGGUAGCGUUGCAUCGAAGGCGCGGUGGCGGAUUGGAUUGGCACGAGAAGCCGAAUAGGGAAGGCACCGUCCGAGGGUACAUUGUGAAGUCGCGAGUGCAGAAGUGCGAGCAGCUUUUAUUGGCGAAACCGUAUAAUCCGAUGUUGUUCAGGAUGGGGGCGCCGAGAGGGCCGCACUAUCUGCUAGAAGUGUUGCGCGGGAACGUGACCCGCGCGGAAGCCGUGCGUGAGUGGGACGCUGCAGAGAGGAAGGACAAAGAGCAGAAGGACCAGGACGGCGGCCAGACCACGCGAUGGAGCCAUAUCAAAUUGCCGUGUUGGCGGUGCAGCAGCGAGCGGGGCGAAUUGCCACUUACUAUGUUUACCAGCGCGUGGCGAGUCUCAGACGUGUGGAGUCGCACCAUCGCGAAAGGUCAGGAUCUGAUGUGUCUGAAGUGCUCUCGUGACAUGGGCGCUGGGACGCAGCGAGCAGUGCGGAUUAUGACGUGCGACGGGUGCUGCGUAGCGAAGUUGCCACGCAUGUUCAGCAGGGAUAUGGUGGAGAGGUGGAAGGGGAUGGAGGACGUGGGUGAGAUCUUGUGCAAGCAGUGCACGGGAGAGCGGAGUAAGACAGGGAGAGUGGCGCAGUCUUUAGAGAGGUACGCCUGUUGUGGAAUUGGGUGUUCGAGUGACUCUGGGCAGAAAGUGUGGCCGGAGGAAUACUUCGUGGCAGCCCAUUUAGUGCGCGACGCGGAAAGACAGCAGACCAGCGUGUGCGCGAAAUGCGUAGUGUUGGAGCGCCGGGACCAGGGCGCCCGGUUUGCGUGCAACAAGUGCGGGGUGGAGAAACACAUCACGGAGUACUCGCAGGUGUUCUGCAAACAAUAUCUGAUGGGGGAGCGGCGGGAGCUGAAUUAUAGAUGUUUGGAGUGCCAGUUUCCGAAAUGCGAUCGGUGCGAGGCGCGCCCGGAGAAGCCCGUCUCAGCGAACCACGUAGACUCAAAAGGUAAGUGGUUGUGCCGUGUGCACCGGUACCCGCCGUGCAGCGGAUGUGGAAAAGCGAAGACGGACGAGAUGAUCGCUGGGAAGAACAGGCUUAAGCAGUGGAGGUGCGAGGAGUGUCAGAAUAGCGGCAGUGUCUGCGAUGCGACCACUGGACGGCAGGACGACGUCGGAGAUGUGCGCAAGGACGUGGACCAUGACGUGCAGACGAGAGAGGAUACAGAGGCCGAUGGUGGCCCUGGAAAGGUGGAGAGGCGCGUGCAGUGCGCGGAGUGCCACAGGUGGAAGGAGAAGGGGGACUUCAGGUAUACAAUGGGCUGCGCCCUUGCCGCCGGACGCGUUGCGCGCAAUAGCCUCGUUCGGGCUCCCGGAGUGGUGAAGCUUCGUCAGGGCUGGCUCGUGGGUCCUGGAGACGUCAUGGGUGUCGUUCAG